AUUCAAGUAACCCCUGCUGAAAUAAUCUGCAAAUUAGUACAAGUCAAGACUUUGGAAAAAAAACAACAAACAGAAGCCCUACAUAUCUUGAACAAAUUUAGUGGUUUGUUUGCCUUCAGGUUAGAUGAAUUGGGCCAGUAUCAAGAGAUCCAAUAUAAAAUCGAUACUGGUAAUACAAGGCCUAUUAAGCAAUCAGUGUAUCAGUGGGAUGCAUCAGGUGUUGGUCUUGGUGCUGUGCUAGUACAGAAGGAUAAUAAUAAAAGGGAGUAUGUUGUUGCAUAUGCUAGCAAGAGCCUAACUCAUCCUGAAAGGAAUUACUCAGCCACUGAGUUGGAAUAUUAUGCAGUGGUUUGGGCGGUCAA